AUAGCCUCAAAUAAAUAAAAAUGCAUUAUAUGCUCCAAUCAUUCUCAUGUUUCUCCAAUGAGUUUUGUUUUGACUGAACGAACGAACGAACCUUAUUUCUAUUUCAUUUCAUUUCAUGUGACAGUAACAUCCUUUUCUUAUUUUUCUUCAAAAUAAAUCUAACCAAAUGGAAAAUCGAAUCUACACUUCAAAUAGCCCAACCAACUACAUAUCCCCGACGACCCGAUUUUACGACCCGAAUACAAUGUUCCUCGCUCAUUAUCGCCGCACCGCCGAAGCUGCCGCCGCUGCUUCCUCUAUCCGUUACUCAUCUUCUCUUUCUGAUAUCGACAUUGCUCCACCUGGAGUUUCUUCUAGAAUCUCCUCUUCUUCCACUGCUAAUUUCCUCUCCCAAACUAAUCCUUGGGCUAACGCUUUCAAUAACACCGCCGCAAAUGUUGCCUCUGCUUCACUUCAACUUAAACGCUCUGCUGACGCGCUCUACCAUCCAACCAUUUUGAAUACAUACGGGCAAAACGAAGCUUGGUAUACUACAAACUCACUGGCCAAGCGCCCUAGAUAUGAUACCGGAAGCACUUUGCCUAUUUAUCCACAGAGACCAGGAGAGAAGGAUUGUGCCCACUAUAUGCUAACAAGAACCUGUAAAUUUGGAGAGAGCUGCAAGUUUGAUCAUCCUAUUUGGGUUCCUGAGGGUGGAAUCCCAGAUUGGAAAGAGGUUCCAAAUGUUGUUCCAAGUGAAACUCUUCCUGAAAGACCUGGAGAACCAGAUUGUCCAUUCUUUCUGAAAACUCAAAAAUGCAAGUUUGGUUCAAGGUGUAAAUUUAAUCAUCCAAAUGUUCCCUCAGAAAAUCCUGAUGUUUCUGGCUUACCCGAGAGACCACAAGAGCCCCCUUGUGCGUUCUACUUGAAAACUGGAAAAUGUAAAUAUGGUGCUGCAUGCAAAUUCCAUCACCCCAAGGAUAUCCAGAUUCAGUUCUCUGAUGAAUCGAGCCGUACCGUUGAGCAGACACAAACAAAUUCUUCUAUGUUUGACGGGGCAAUAGGAGAUACACAACAAAUUCAGCCUCUUAUAUCUCCACUGUUGCAUAAUAGCAAAGGGCUUCCUGUGAGACAGGGGGAAGUGGAUUGUCCGUUCUACAUGAAAACUGGAAGUUGCAAGUUUGGGGCCACUUGCCGCUACAAUCAUCCCGUCAUGAAUGCAAUUAAUCCACCUAUUUCUGCAUUGGCCCCUUCUCUUUUGGGAUCCUCGGCUGCUAAUCAUAACAUUGGAGUUAUUAAUCCAGCUGCAUCUUUUUAUCAAGCUUUUGACCCCAGGAUCUCAAAUCCAAUGACCCAGGUGGGAGUAACAGGGACUAUCUAUCCUCAGCGUCCUGGACAGAUUGAAUGUGAUUUCUAUAUGAAAUCUGGCAUAUGUAAAUUUGGGGAAAGAUGCAAAUAUCAUCACCCAAUUGACCGCUCAACAGAAUCAUCAAAACUGCAAUCAAAUGUUAAACUUACUGCUGCAGGGUUACCAAGAAGAGAGGGUGUUGAGAUUUGCCCAUAUUAUUUGAAAACUGCCACGUGCAAGUUUGGCGCGACAUGCAAGUUUGAUCAUCCACCACCAGGAGAAGUGAUGGAGUUGGCCAAGUCGCAAGGAACUUCUACAACCAAUGGAGGAGAAACAGAGACCAAUGUAGAUGUGUCUGGUUCUGCUCCGGAACAAUAGAGAUCAUGCUUGAAAUUUCACGCUAUUUCCAAGUCACCUUGUUUUAUUUCAUAUCAUGUCUUGAAUAGCUUUAGCAGAAGACCUGAUUUACUUAUUGUAAUGGAAAAUUUAUCUCUGGAUUGGCACCAGUGCUUAUUUAUUUGGCCUAUGAAAGUUAUGUUCAACUAUA